UCUUUUAACAAAGCUGCACUUGAGUGGUAUGUUGGAGGUCCAUUCUAUCCUGAAAUUGAAAUGACCUAUGUGGCAUAUGACAAAAAUACAUUUCGUAAUGAAUAUGAUGGAAGAUUACAAACAUCAUACAUUACAUAUUUGGAUCUUCAUUAA